GCUCUGGUGAUUGGCACGCGCCAGGCCGGCCCCUUUCAGGCCCUGGUUAUUGGCGCUUUAACCGGUGUCGCUCGCUGCCUCUCGGUGUCCGCGCGCGCGUACAAACAGAUCAAACGUGUGCGCUUUGAAAACUACGUCUCCGCUUCAUUUGGCUCGUGCUUGUGUUUGAUGUCCGUUCUUGAAGGUGAAUAAAUACCGACUCGGAUUGAUCGCAGCAGAAGUGGAUGCGCUCUGGCUACUUUUUUUUUUUUUUUUUUUUUAAAGCAUGGCCGAGAAGCGGCGGUCUCCGUGCACCAUGAGCCUGAAGGCGCACGCGUUUUCUGUGGAGGCGCUGAUCGGCGCGGAGAAACGAAGGAAACUCGACGAUGAGGAUAGCGAGAGCUGUUUUGGGGAGGUAAACGAGGUCGCGAGCCUGGCCGGGAGCGCGUGCGGCGGCGGGCGGAACUGUGACACGGACUGUGACGCUUCUCCGGAGUGUGAGGAUGUGGGCUCGGACAGUCCUCGCCCUGCGUCACGGAGCUCACAGCUGCUCGCGUCACCGCCGCCGACAAGCGCGCGAGCCGCGGAGGAGACGCGCGUGGAGCUGCAGGGCUCGGAUCUGUGGAAACGCUUCCACGACAUCGGCACGGAAAUGAUCAUCACCAAAGCAGGCAGGCGAAUGUUCCCUGCAAUGCGAGUGAAAAUUACAGGACUGGACCCUCAUCAGCAGUACUACAUCGCAAUGGACAUCAUACCCGUAGACAAUAAACGUUACAGAUACGUGUACCACAGUUCCAAGUGGAUGGUGGCAGGAAAUGCGGAUUCGCCCGUACCGCCGCGUGUGUACAUCCACCCGGACUCUCCUGCGUCUGGUGAGACGUGGAUGCGACAGGUCAUCAGCUUCGACAAACUCAAACUGACCAAUAACGAGCUGGACGACCAGGGCCAUAUCAUUCUACACUCCAUGCACAAGUACCAGCCGCGUGUCCACGUCAUCCGUAAAGAGUGCGGUGACGAGCUCUCACCCGUUAAGGCCGUGCCGACCGGCGACGGCGUGAAGGCCUUCUCCUUUCCUGAAACGGUGUUUACCACAGUCACGGCCUACCAGAACCAACAGAUUACAAGACUGAAAAUAGACAGAAAUCCAUUUGCGAAAGGAUUCAGAGACUCAGGGCGAAACAGGAUGGGUCUGGAGGCUCUGGUGGAGUCGUAUGCUUUCUGGAGGCCUUCACUCAGAACUCUGACGUUUGAGGAUAUACCAGGAAUGACCAAGCAAGGUGCAGCAGGCUCUCAUGGAGUUGUUGGGUCUUCGGCACACACACACUUACUUUCUACAUCAUCAUGCUCCUCCCCAGCAUUUCACCUGGCCACAGGAGCGGGGCCUGUGUGUGACUACUCAACCUGCAGUCGAACCAGCCAUCCUCUUCACCGAUUCCCCACGCCCCUCACUGCAGACUCGUACAGCCGAUUGGCCAGCCCUGCAGCCGACGCCUUUUCCUCAACCAGAAAUCCUGCUUAUGUGGGCGGAUCAGACGGAGAGGCGUUUUCCUGCACACAGACUGGCCUUCCAAUCCAGAUCCCCGGUAUGCCUGGUCAUGCCCCCCAGCUCCAGUAUUUCAUGCCCAGCCCGGCUCACAAUGCCUUCUCCACCAAUCAGAGUGCACAGAGCUCGUACAACGGCUUUCGUCUCCAUAGUCCCUAUGGCCUUUAUGGAUACAACUUUUCCACCUCACCACGAUUGGCUGCUAGUCCUGAAAAGAUGGCUGCCACACAGAGCUCGGUCCUGGGCUCAUCCCCAAGCGGUACUUUGACAGACAGGCAAGUUCUGUCCCCUGUGGAUGGUCUGCACAUGCUCAGUGGGAGUCAACAAUCUCUCUUUGACUCACGGACAUUAGGGCUGACAAGUUCCACCUCUCAGGUCACUGCCCAUAUGGCCUGAACUAUGAACUUUGACCUCCCCACCAUGACAUGGACACAGACAGGUGGCCAAAACAAUCUGGAGGUCUCUCAAAGCUCUCUUUAUGGGACAGUACUAUGAGAUUGUUGACAAAGGUAAGGAAUGAUGUAACAUGCAAUACUGAGGAAGUAUUUUAUGGAUCGAGAAAGCCAAAGGAGGAGAGUGUUUUAUUUCUAGCAUUAUUGUUAUCUGGAGGUUACAGUGAGACUUUAAGUGUUGCCUUUGUUUUAAAAAAAAAAGUCAAAUCUCCUACUGGGUUCUGCAUACAGUAAAAGCUCAUGCACUGAUGGCCAUGGGGUUGGACUUUAAAUGGUUUAAGCGUGGGCAUCUAUCCAUGAUAAAAACAUUUCUGCCGUGAACUAGGACAGAGCUGAACACAGGCAGAGCAAGACUGGACAGCACGUCUGACUUACAAAGUACUUUAAAAAUUUGGAGAGCACUUCUCUCUCUCACUUUACUGCACACACACACACACACACACACACACACUUUACAGUCAAACCCUCCCAGAACUAGAUGCCAAAAUUUGACUUCUCCAUACUGUUAGUACAGCGAACAGUGCCUAUUUAUCUGAGUGAGUUUCCGUGAGAGACUCCUGGUAUGAGCUGACCUAGAAUCCGAAUUAGCUUCUUACCAACUGAGCAGCUGGGAGCCUGCAAGACCAGAAAGAGGAGGUGGCCAGCGUCACAGCAUAACCGGGCUUUUAGUUAGGAAACAAAUAAAAUGUGAAGUCCCACUGGAACCAAGAUUUGCGCUUUGGCUGCCAGUGUACUUGGUACUUGUUUGGUAUUAGCAGAGCUUGCAAGCAGGAAAUCAGCAGUAGUCUGUAUGGGGUUUAGAGUCGGAUGCCCAGAUUUAGCGACUCCACUGCUUAUGGCCUGAAUGACUUCCAGCUAGCACCAUAGUUUAUGGGGCUUAAACUGAAAUUGGAAAGGUAAAGCAACAGUGAGCAAAAAAAUAAAACUUUGGCCGUUAUUUACCAAGCUGCGAUGUGGAAAUUUGAUCUGCACUUCUCUACUGACAUGAUUUAGAAAUAUAGGCCAUGGCAUUGUUCAACUCACAUACAGUUACAAAUGCAUGCUCUGGCAACCUCCGUCAGGCUUCUUGGCUUAUCCUGGGUCAGCGUUUAGUACCAGUGAACUGGAGCUGAAAAGUUAAAGCUUCAGUUAUUCAAAAACGGUUUAUUUUUUCCUCUAGCAGACAUACUGUAUUAGCUUUAAUAUGUCUGUUUUUUUAAAAGCAAUUCUAUAUAAAUAAGGAAAAGAUUGAUAUUAAUGUUAUUGUUGGACAAGUUCACUCAUGCACUUACAGCAAACAUUUUUUUUAUCUUUGAUGUUUGUUAAGUGGCCAAAUCUGACACUUUGGAAAAUUUUUGGCCUGGGAAUUACAAACAAACCCUAUUGAGCCAAAUAAAAUAUAUGCAUAUUGUACAAAACAAUAAGACUAUGAGGUUUCUCAGUGUUAAUCAAUGUAUAUAACUGACCACAUGCAAAAUAUACCUGUGUGAGUAUGUGUGUGUGUGUGUGUGUGUGUGUGUAAGAUCUACCAUUACUGUCAGACAAGGUCAUGACAGAUGUGUAAAACACUCACAGGAUGUCAGGGAAGGAAAUAUCUCUUUAACUUAAAAAGUUUUUGUCACAUAUUUCAGUUACUUUAAUUUUAAAUUACAUGAUAUGGCAUCAUCAGUGUGUAGCAUUGCCAUCUUACAGCUUUGUGGUUUGAUCCUGAGCUCAGGUUAUUAUCUGUGUGGAGUUUCUCAUGUUCUCACCUUUCCUAUUUGGGUUUCCUCAGGGUUCUCCAGUUUCCUCCCAAGUCCCUAAAACAUGCCAUUAGAUGGAUUGGCUAGCCUAAUUGUCCCUAGGUGUGAAUGGGUAUGUGUGUGUGUGUGUGUGUGCAUGGUGCCAUACAUCCAGAGUGAAUUCCUGUCCCACACCCAAUGUUCCCAGGAUAUACACUCCAGAUCCACCGCAAUCCUGACCAGGAAAAAUUGCUUAAUGAAGGUGAAUGAAUGGAUGAAUGAAUGAUAUAGCACCACAUCAUCCACUACAGCUUUAGCUGAACUAUAUAAAAAGCAGACUUUUCAAGGAAUAUAACUCCAUAUCCAUUAUUUAUAUAGCUGGGCCUUGGAAUUAUUAAGAGUCUAUCAGGCAAGACUGACAUUUUAAGAUAUUAAGACUUAAUGUUUUGACUCUAAAUACUCUAAAUAACUCAAAAGAUAAAGCAGACACAACAAAUUCAUUCAUAAUUUCUACUGUUGAGCAUCAAACCAUAUCAUUCCAAUGAGCUGAAAUAUUACGCUCUCCUCUUUAUUAGCUAUUACUAAAUUUUUUUAACACAAACUCCUACAAAAACUGUAUCUGUACCUCUAAGUGUUAGACUUCUGAAAGUUGUACAGCAAUGCCUCGCACCAACACUAAAUCAAGUAAUAUAGCUGAUAUCCACAAGGCUCCCUGGAGGACUAGUGUUUAGGCGCUCUCACCGCCGUGGCCCGGGUUCGAUUUCCUGCCGGGGAGCCAACCCCAGCCACUGGCGUUGCACAAGACAGUGCACUCCGAGUGUCGGUCCCAUGCCCAGAUAAAAAUUGGGGAGGGCUGCGUCAGGAAGGGCAUCCGGCAUAAAACCUGUGCCAAAUCAAAUAUGCUGACCAAUGAUCCGCUGUGCCGAAAGAAGAACAUAGCUGACAUCGACAAGUCCAAGUAUUCCAUAAUGCAAAAUCAAUGUUUAGAAUGCAUGUUUUUUGUAACAAGAACAUAUAAGAAUUUUUCUGACAGUACAUGAGUAGAAAUUAUAAAGCCAAGCACUACAGUGAAGCAGAAUAGACAAAAUACAAUAUAUUGAUGCUAUGAUGCUAUAUAUAUAUUAAUGUUGCUUGUCAAUCUUGGAGGGUGGGGUUAGGUAGUAUUAUUGAUUUAUAGAAGAAUAAGUAAGGAAAACACUCGAGAGCAUGUUCUUGUAGGAAAAUAAGCAACGACAGGGUGGUGUGAUGUGUGAUGUGACACAAUGAAAAGCACUUUGAUUGAGACGUUGAUUAUUUUCCUAUAAUGGCACAUCCCAAAGUGAUUUUUUUCCUCUUAUACCUCAGCAAUUUGCCAAUCUACAAUACAAAUCCAUAUCUAAAUUUUGUUUGCAAUUAAACUGUUAAUGUAUUAGAAAGAGAGCAUUAAUUGCCCAAACUGUUGUUAUAGAAAAUUAAUCAACAUCUUCUGACCAAUCAGAACCAAACAAGUCAAUAGCACUGUGGUAUAAGACCAUAAUUAUAAUCAAGCUCAGCAUAUGGUGUGUUUCAUUAAUGGUUUCAUAAAAAAAUUUUUUUUUAAAAAAACCCUUUUAAGGGAACAACAGAUCUAUAUUGAACAUCUGCAACAAGAAUGGUGGUAAUGAGCUCUCAACCGAUGCUACAUUGAACAUCUGCAACUAGCAUGAUGGUAAUCGGUUCUCCAAUUGAAUAAUUGAAUGAUUUUAUAUUUUGUAUGUUAUAUAUUUUGUUUUUUGUCUAUGUUGGUCCACCAUUGAGCACUUCACCCUUCAAAAUUCCUGCCCUAAUAAACCUGUCACCAUUGUGCCACUGAUUGGGUGAAAACUUUAAACUAGUGUGAAAUUACACAAGUCAUCAAAAUGGUUCCUCUGUGGUGUGUGUGCGAGACAUUACUGGAGAGAGUGUAAAAAGACAUUACACAGGAAAUAAGUCAUAGAACUAUCAAGGCAUUUAGUUGUUAGAUUAAAAUGGCUGUGUAAUUGGUGGAAAAUGAUAAUGCAGUAUCUAAGCACAUGAGUCCUGUUUGUUAGUGUGCUGUGUGAGGAAGAGUCUGACUUCUGACAGCCACCGAGGUGCUUCUUGAAGGUGAGUGGGGUUACAGCAUGCUGGGGGGUAUUUUAUUUUAGAACAGAGGAAUGACUGGCUUGCUGAAUCUGAAUAACAGGUGACAGCCUGACCACACACACACACAUACACACACGCACAUAACAGCUCAAUGUCUGGCUCAUUAUCAGUACAUUUGAGUACAUUAACACUUUAAGGCUAGCAGGUGCACUGGAGAGCUGAUAGUGUGUGUGUGUGUGUGUGUGUGUGUGUGUGUUUGUGUGUGUGAGAGAAACAUGAUCAUAGAAGGCAUAUCAAUAAUUACACUACAGCACUGAAUGCUGAAUUCUGAUUGGUCAAAAGGUGUUGAUUAAUUUUCUACAAUAGUUCUGGCUGUGAGGUUUAUAUUAUUAUGCUCGUUAUAAUGCUAUUAUUUCUAUAUUAACAACUUACUAAGGAACUUGUAAGUUCUCCACACUCCACAUAAUGAGAUUUUAAAAACAUGUAAUCAUUGAUAUUUUUUCUCUUAGGAGAUGUUUAUUUAACAUUUCUGGAAGGAGUCUCCAGUGUCAGUGCUUUGUAAUAGUCAGUAGGUUUACUGGCACAAGAAAAUCUACUGGUUUCUUGGUAACAUGCAAUUCGCAAGCUACAACAUUUGUCUUAUUCAAGAGAGAGAGAAAAAAAUAGAGGUGAAGGAACAACUGCUUAGAGCUGUUAUAACAUAGGUUAUAAUAAAGUUGUAAAAAAUUGUAAUCAAACACAAAUUACUGAGGUAUAAGCGGAAUAAAACACUAGGGACCGAGCUGUUUUCGGAAAAUAAUCAACUAUGUGGUGCUAACAGUAAUUCUUCUACACAUCAUGCCACCUCCCCAUUCCUAUACCAUCUAUUCCAUCUAUUUUAUAAGACCUUCUGCAAUUCUGCAAUCCAAACAUCAUUCUUUUCAAUCUCCUUCUUUCAUACAGUCCACCUCACACACACAAACUAGCCUAUAUACACAAACUCAUCCCUAUGUACAGUAGCUAGAUGUCUUUCCUUCAUCUGUAGAUCAUCCUGAAUGUGUUUUUGUUGUAUUGCCAAAAACCAGCCUUUAUGCACAAAAGUUCAAAUCAGUUCAUAAUAAAUAAUUCAUAUUAAUAUACUGCAGUACUCUAUCAAUCAUACCGUAUUAACAUCAGAGUAAACUACAAGCCACAUCAUAUAGUCAUGCUUAUUCAGAUAUAUUCAUCUGUGUGUCCGCUGGUGUGUUACAUAAUGCAAAUGAUCCACAAUUUGGCCACAAAUAACCUCAAAGAGCAUGGUUCAAGUCCACGCCGGCAGCUCGUCUGCUUCCUCCUUCUUUAACAUAUGACUAAUACAAACGUAUUACAGUAGAGCCUGUGUUUUCUGCUUCACACUUCCUGUAGUUACAUGUUGCGGUGUAGUCACUCAUGACUGAGCAUAAAGUCCUGCACACUGGCUGUGCAGAAGUGAUGGAGUAAUUUCAUGCAUUUUGUGGAAAGCAAAUUGUGGAAAGCUAUUUACUGAAAGGGUUUUCUCAUUGACGAUUUGAGUUUAUGUUUUAUUUAUUUUUUCUUUAGAAAUGUGGAUGAUGUACAGCUUGAAGGAAUAAAUAAAUGAAUAAAUGAAUAAUUGAACUGUGCAAAAGUCUUAGGCACAUGCAAAGAAAUGCUGUAGAGCAAAGAUGCCUUCAAAAAGAAUGAAAUGAAAUGUUUUUACAUUUAAAAAAAAAUACUGUAAAGAGCAGUAAACAGUAAUAAAUGAAACAAAGUCAGUAUUUAGUGUAGACAACCUUUUGCUUAAAAAAAAGUUUUAGUAGUCUCAGGUAAAAUGUGUGCAGUUUUAUAAAGAAAUGAGCUGUAAGUGUUACUGAGCAUCUUGCAGAAGCAGCCACAGUUCUUCUGGAGACUUUGACUGUCACACUCGCUUCUUAUUUUUGCAGCAAAACCCAGCAGCCUUCAUUAUGUUUUUUUUGUCUGAAAAGUGUCUCUUAUGUAAUACGCUGCUUUCUUUGCUGACAUUCAAAUAUUUUUCUGUAACAUUUCAUUUUUGCUGGAAAACUAAUGUUUGGGAAUCUAAAAUGUUUUUGUACUGACUCGAUAUUGUAGAAGUCAUAAAAACUUAUUAC